AUGAAGACUACGAUCCUGAGCGCUCUUAUCCCGGCUUUGGCCAGCGCCGCAACCAGUGGUAAAUUCACCGCGCUGACGUUCAAUGUCGCCGGUCUGCCUGAGAUUCUUCAAUCAAACGAUGUCAAUGGCUCCAAGUCUGAGAAUGCCGGAGAAAUCGGUACUUACUUCGCUAAAUAUGGCUACGAUAUCAUCCAUGUGCAAGAAGACUUCAAUUACCAUGCCUACAUCUAUGCAACAGAUAACCAUGCCUACCGCACUGCAACUUCAGGAGGCGCAGCAAUUGGAAGCGGACUCAACUCCCUCUCCAACUAUGACUGGGUUGAUUUCACACGCGCCAAGUGGAAUACAUGCUCUGAUGCCUCCGGCUCCGACUGCUUGACUCCUAAGGGAUUCACCUUCAUGCGCUGGAACCCUGCUGACGGCGUGUUCAUUGAUCUCUACAACGUCCACGCUGAUGCCGGUACCGAAGCCGACGACGAAAAAGCCCGCAACUCCAACCUCCAACAAGUUGCCGACUACAUCGACACCUGGUCAACAGGCAAUGCAGUCAUCGUAAUGGGCGACACAAACAGCCGUUACACGCGCGCCGACGACACAGGCGUCCGCGUCUUCAAGUCUCAGAACAACCUCGCAGACACAUGGGUUGAUCUCGAAAUGAACGGCGUGUACCCAACCGCCGGAGCCGACGCACUGAUGUGCGAUAACCCAUCCUCAGUUCAGACCUGUGAGAUCGUCGACAAGGUCCUGUACCGAGGCUCCGACGUCGUCACUCUGGGGGCAGACAGCUUCGCCUAUGUUGGUAAACUCUUCACGAACACGAACCCCGAUUACCUCGGUGAUGUUCUUUCAGACCAUGAUCCCAUCCUUGUGGACUUUACCUGGUCUCUUUCGAACUCGUUGCGUCAGAGUCAGUUCUCUGGUGGUCCUCAUGGAACGUGGUUCAGUGAUUUGACUGGUUUGCCUUCGUCGCCUGCUGCUUCUGUUAUUACCUUCCGUGGUGCUGAGAGGCUUGAUUCUGUUGCUGUAAAGCUGACUGAUGGGACUCAGUUUUCGCACGGUGGCACUGGUGGUUCGGAGGUUUCCCUUACUCUUGGCUCUGGCGAGUAUUGGACCACCACGGAGCUUUGCACUGGUGUGUAUAACGACAAUACUCGCAACUUCUAUAUUAAGGCUACUACCAGUGCGGGUAAUACUCUGGAGGCUGGCACUGCUACUGGUAGCUGUACAACUUUCACUGCCGAUGAUGGCUUUGCUGUUGUUGGAUUCGUUGGACAGGCUGGUGACGAGAUUGAUCAGUUGGCUUUGGUCUAUGCUGCCUAUUAA